GGUUUAAACAAACAAUCCUCACCAAAUAAUCGGUGUAACAUCGGCAUGUUAUCGGCAAUUUAAAUAACGAGAGUUGAAAAAACGAUUUGUUUUUACGAAAUGGCGCGUCAACGAACCGGUGUCAUCAUAAAAUAAACACCUGAGGUGGAAAGAGAAGUCGAGAAGGCCUUAACAGCACAAGGCACAGGAAGUGGUUCUCAACUAAAAUCCAACGGUCCCAGCGAUGUUGCGAGAUAGAAACACGUUACUGGAGGUUGUCGAACCAUAAAUAAACUACAGAAUAUAAAAAAAUAAUAACUAAAAAGUGAAUUAAUUAAUUAUCAGUAAAACUGAAACGUAAAAAACCAGAAUUAUCACCGUCCAAACGUCAAAAAAAAGCAGAACGCGCCAUGGCGAAACUGGAACACCAGUUGCCGAUCCCGAUGCCGGAUCUGGCCAGCCUCAGGAUAACAACAGCUGUCUCCAUGCUGGGGAAGGCUUAUGGAUGUGGUCAAUGCAGUGCUCCUACACCGGGACCCACCACAAGUACAGCGGUGGGUGCAGCGAGUGCAGCAGGAAGCAGUGUCGUUGCUUCUGGCGCCCUGGGAGUCGUUCCCGCGCAGACACACACACCGCCUCAGCCUCCAGAACUGCCAGUGUUCUCAUGUCCUCGAAGGCCAAAUAUUGGACGCGAGGGUCGGGCGAUUGGCUUGAGAGCAAAUCACUUUCAAAUAACAAUGCCACGUGGUUAUGUACAUCAUUACGACAUAAAUAUACAACCAGACAAGUGUCCACGUAAAGUCAAUCGCGAGAUCAUCGAGACAAUGGUACACGCUUACAGUAAAAUAUUUGGAACUCUCAAGCCUGUGUUCGAUGGAAGAAAUAAUCUUUAUACAAGAGAUCCAUUACCAAUUGGUAAUGAUAAAUUAGAAUUAGAGGUAAUACUGCCUGGUGAAGGUAAAGACAGAGUUUUUCGUGUUGCCAUAAAAUGGUUAGCACAAGUAUCACUGUAUGCCCUUGAAGAAGCACUGGAGGGAAGAACCAGACAGAUACCAUAUGAUGCUAUUCUAGCAUUGGACGUUGUUAUGAGACAUUUACCAUCAAUGACGUAUACACCAGUUGGUAGAUCAUUCUUCAGUACACCAGAUGGUUAUUAUCAUCCAUUGGGUGGUGGUAGAGAGGUAUGGUUUGGUUUUCAUCAAUCUGUUCGUCCAUCACAAUGGAAAAUGAUGCUCAACAUUGAUGUAUCAGCAACAGCAUUCUACAAAGCUCAACCAGUUAUUGAAUUUAUGUGCGAAGUACUCGAUAUACGAGAUGUUAAUGAACAGAGAAAACCACUUACUGAUUCACAGAGAGUUAAAUUUACCAAAGAAAUAAAGGGCCUGAAAAUUGAAAUAACCCAUUGUGGUACAAUGAGACGUAAAUAUCGUGUUUGCAAUGUUACGAGAAAACCAGCCCAAAUGCAGUCAUUUCCAUUACAAUUGGAAAAUGGACAGACUGUUGAAUGUACUGUUGCCAAGUACUUUUUAGAUAAAUACAAAAUGAAAUUACGUUAUCCUCAUCUACCGUGCCUUCAAGUUGGUCAGGAACAUAAACACACUUAUCUACCAUUAGAGGUGUGUAAUAUUGUUGCAGGUCAGCGUUGUAUUAAAAAAUUGACUGAUAUGCAAACAUCGACGAUGAUAAAGGCAACAGCAAGAUCAGCACCAGAUCGUGAAAGAGAAAUAAAUAAUUUAGUGAGACGAGCUGAUUUCAAUAAUGAUUCGUAUGUUCAAGAAUUUGGUUUGACUAUUUCAAAUAGUAUGAUGGAGGUACGUGGUAGAGUAUUACCACCACCAAAAUUACAGUAUGGUGGACGUGUUAGUUCACUAAGUGGACAGACUAAGCAACAGGCACUGCCUAAUCAGGGUGUUUGGGAUAUGCGGGGAAAGCAAUUCUAUACUGGUGUGGAAAUACGUGUUUGGGCAAUUGCUUGUUUUGCACCACAGAGAACAGUCAGGGAGGAUGCACUCAAGACAUUUACUUCACAGCUGCAGAAGAUCAGUAAUGAUGCUGGUAUGCCGAUUAUUGGACAGCCCUGUUUCUGCAAAUAUGCAACUGGUCCUGAUCAGGUUGAGCCCAUGUUUCGGUAUCUUAAGUCAACAUUUCAGGCUUUGCAGCUUGUCUGCGUUGUUUUGCCUGGUAAAACACCAGUUUAUGCUGAAGUUAAACGAGUGGGUGAUACUCUACUGGGUAUGGCCACUCAGUGUGUUCAAGCUAAGAAUGUCAACAAAACAUCACCCCAGACCCUGUCCAAUCUCUGUCUGAAGAUAAAUGUCAAACUCGGUGGAAUAAAUAGUAUCUUAGUGCCAAGUAUAAGACCAAAAGUCUUCAAUGAACCAGUUAUAUUUCUCGGUGCUGAUGUUACACAUCCACCAGCUGGUGAUAAUAAGAAGCCCAGUAUAGCAGCUGUUGUUGGUAGUGUUGAUGCACAUCCAUCUCGUUAUGCUGCUACUGUACGUGUACAACAACACAGACAGGAGAUUAUUCAGGAGUUGAGCUCAAUGGUCAGAGAAUUGUUGAUAAUGUUUUACAAGAGCACUGGGGGAUACAAACCCCACAGAAUAAUUUUGUAUCGUGAUGGUGUCUCGGAGGGACAAUUUCUUCAUGUUCUUCAGCAUGAACUCACUGCUAUCAGAGAGGCAUGCAUUAAACUCGAGGCUGAUUACAAACCUGGUAUAACAUUUAUUGUUGUACAGAAGAGACAUCAUACGAGAUUGUUCUGUGCUGAUAAGAAAGAGCAGAGUGGAAAGAGUGGAAAUAUACCUGCUGGCACCACUGUCGAUGUCUGUAUCACACAUCCCACUGAGUUUGAUUUCUAUUUGUGCAGUCAUCAGGGCAUUCAGGGAACGUCGAGACCAUCUCACUAUCACGUUCUGUGGGACGACAAUCACUUUGAGAGCGACGAACUUCAGUGUUUGACUUAUCAACUCUGUCACACGUACGUCAGAUGUACCAGAUCAGUUAGCAUACCAGCACCAGCUUAUUACGCUCAUCUCGUUGCAUUCCGGGCGAGGUAUCACCUUGUGGAGAAGGAGCAUGACAGUGGUGAAGGAAGUCACCAAUCAGGCUGUAGUGAGGACAGAACGCCGGGUGCAAUGGCCCGUGCAAUAACUGUACACGCCGAUACAAAGCGAGUAAUGUACUUCGCGUAAUUCCAUUCACCAAACAUUUGACAUUUAAAAAAUUUAUCAAAAAAAAAAAAAUUGCCGAACCAGCCCUAAGUGUCAAAUAACAAUGAAUUUAACAAUGCACAGCGACGAAGCCCUUAGCCCAUUGCGCAUAACCAAACAAAUUAAUAUAAAAAAAAAAUAUGAAAAAAUUAUUACGUCAUAUCUCGAGGAGGUGAGUGAAUGAAAAUAAUGCUAAAUGAUAAAUUUCUAGACCUCUCGCGUAGAUUUAUAAUUGGACAAUCUUCUUUGGUGGCCAAUUUUUUUAAAUAUUUUAUUUAUCAUUUUUACCAAUAGUUCUGUGAGAACGAGAAAAAUUAAUGAAGAUUUUGCCUCAGUAUCAGCGCGGUACAAUUUUAUAGAUAAAAAUUGAUCAAAAAAAUAUCAUGAAGGUGCUUUUAGUUAAUCGUGUUUUUAGAUUUAUAUUUAAGAAUAUUUUUCAUGGGGGAUGAAGUUAUUCAAAUAGACCUAGUUAACACCGACCUCUUAAAGAAUUAUCCUCCUGAAAUAUAACAUUCGCUAAAUGAUAAAUUUUUUUUAUCCAGAGAUGUGUUUAUCCUCGUGAAUGAAAAAUAUAGAAUGAUUACGCUUAUUUUCUUUCUUUCCUGCUCAAAAUACUUUUUCCCCAUCUUCGGGAUCUCCAAUAAUUGGAUAUUGAGAUUUUCGUAACCUGAAUAUUAUUUAAUACGAUUUUAUUAUGUACAUAGGAAAUUUUUCAUUUGCCCAAUUUAUCAAAGAAAAUUAUGAAAUAUUGAAAGCUUAAGAUUAAUGCCGAUAUUUCCAUGAAAAAUUGGCCACCAAAUUACGAGUUCGCUAACGUGGCUCUUGGUGAAAUUCAAGGGAAAUAAAUCAUUCACAAAUUUAUCAUCGAUAAAAAAAAAGUUAAUGUUGAAUCGUCCUGGUUCUGAUUUAACAUUACAAAAUAUGUUUUAUACAAGUGAAUUAAUUGAAAAUUUGUAUUUGUCAGUCCGAAUCUAAUGUCGAACGUUUAAAAAAAAAACAAACCAGGCUUUAAAUAAUCGUCCAAGGAGGUGUCCCACAGUUGAGAAAAACAAAUUAUUUCUCGAAAUAGCAUUUUUUAUCAGUAAUUUUUUUUUUUCCUUUGCUUGAAAAUUUGGGGAUGACGUUCUUGGAUGAAACUUUGGAAAGCGAAUUACGCUUAGUUAGGAUUGAGGAGAGAAUUUUGACCCUUAAUAGAGACAACACUUUAAUAAUGUGGGGAGAAAAAAAAAAGAGAAAAUGCAAAAGUGUUGAGUUUUUAUUCGAAAUGGAAUUACGAUGAAUUGCGCUAUUGCAUUAGAAACUUAAGUUUACUGUAGAAUUUACAAUUAUUAUUAUUGUCACAUUGUUUUAUGUGAAUGAAUAGAUAAACGGAUUUAAAAAAAUUGAUUUCAUUGAAUGCCUAGGAGUGAAGUGGAUGAACGUGACAGAAGACGUGAAUUUUCAAUGAUGAAUUGUCUUGAUAACGAGGGACUUUACAACAAAAUGUCAUAAGACCUUUUUUGGAGGAAAUUUUGUGCUCCUGAAAAAGUGUCUGAACACAUUUUAUCGUAAAGUCAAUGGUUACUGAGAUAAUUACUUGUUUAAUGAAAGUAAAAUUCAUGUUUCAUUUGGGAAAUCAUUGAUUGUCUGUUAAUAAGUGUGUUUAUCUAGGUAAUGAGGCGUUCUGGGGGAAAAUGUGAGAAGACAUAUGUUGUGGGAAUUUUUCCAUUUUACAAUAAUGGUUUAGUGACAAUUUUCCCUAGAACCACUUGUUAAUGAAAUAAAUCCAUUUUAAUACCACGAGACUCUUAGAAUUUCGGCUGCUACAUAUUGCCACUUGAUUGACUUAAUAAUGAAGAUAUUAAUCAUUUGAAAUUCAAUUGAAUUCCUUGAAGACUCUCUUCGAGACCUAUCGAGGUGAAAAAUGUAUAAUUCUUCAAAGGCAUUAGAUCUGGGCCGACGUGGGACCCGGAUUAAUGAGAAAAAAAAAUGCCCAAUCAAUGCAACAAAUGUAUCUAUUAACAAAAUAAUUGAGGACAUUAAAUCGUAAGAGGAUGUAUGAUAAAUGUAGGUAAAAUUUAGACAAAAAAACCCAUAAACUAUAAAAAAAAAAUAUGCCCAAUUCGCUGACGGGCAGAUUAACAAGUCUAUAUAUUUAAUCCUAUAUUUAAUUCAAUAAAAUCACCAUCACACCAAUUAUUAAAGUUCGAAGGAAUAAAUAAAGUGCCGAGAAUUGACGGAAUUCGAGAAUGAGAAACUAAAUAUUAGCAUCAGAAUUCACUGAUUAGUUAGCUGAGUGGUUGAGUAAUUCAUUAAUUUUCACUGUUUGGCUGUCGCACGCCCCUUUAUGCCAAUUAGUUCUUCCAUAGUAUUUUCUUUGUUUUCGAUGUAUUUUGGAAUCUUUAAUACACAAAUGGUAAUGUACAGUGGAAAUAGCAAUCCUGUUCUCCCAGACUGACAGAAUUAAUAUCGAAAACGAGAUGAAACACUUUAUAUUUCAUUAUUUUUUUUAAUUAAAAAAAUUCUGAUCUAGAGUCAAAUUUUAAUGACAUUUUUCUCCUCUAAGUACUAUCGGUUUCGCAUUCGCAAUAACUUCUAAUGAAAAAUAAUAGACCUUCAUUCGAAUUGAAAGAAAUUCAGUAAAAGAAUAUCUGAAUCCUCUCGUUUUAGUGUAUCACUUGCUACCGAUUUGUUAAUCUAAAAAAUAUGAUAAAAUUGCAAAAAAACGAAACGUACGCCAUUUUCCAUCUUUCAAAAAACUCUUAUAAUUUUCUUCCAACUCCCCUCAUUUGCGUAAACAAAUUCUAAUAACAAAAAAUGAUUUGUUUCUGCUGCAUCAAAGUCUAGGAUAUUGUUUUUAUUCUAAAAAGAAAUUCUGGCGAUUCAUUUUUAUUAAAAAAAAUAUUUUUCAUUGAUCUCAGUCUUAUAAUUUUUCAUGGAUUUUCAACCACUUCGUUCUCCACCUCCCAGUGCAUUAAAGAUUCCAACCGCUCCAGAAAAGCCUCCAAUUAUCGUUUUAAAAAACCAAAAAAAAAGAGAAAAAAAAACAACCAAACUAACAGUCACGGAAAGUAUCUCACACAAAGGACCUUGAUUAUGGAUAAUAUUUAUUCUAGUUUUAAAGGAUGAAUGAGAAAAAAUAAAAAUAAUGUUAUCGUAAGGCUUAAGGUGUUACUGAAGGAAAAAAAGAAGAGCACGAAAAAAAAAUAUUUUAACACCUCUCCAACCACUUAUGACAGUCAUAUGGGAAUACAUUUUAGAACCUCUAGGAUAAUUAAGGAUAUCGUUAGGUAUAAUUAACGGUCUGGCGUCUUCUGUCUAGGUACAAAAUGCAUAAAGACGAUUAAAUUCAUUAAAAUCCGAUGAAGGCGCGUGGACUUGUGUUAAUUAGCAUUCAAACCUCUGAUUAGUAGUCAAGCUCGAAUCUAGAUUAAAGGGAAUAAGUAAAAAUUUAUUAAUCAUUGUUGUUGACAUGAGAAUGAAAACAAGGGGUACCAAAAUGUGUGAAGUGUGCGGUGAUCUUGAUGAGAUGAUAAUUAAUGAUUAAUUAUGAUUAAUGGCCAACACGCAGAGCUGUUUAGUGUAUGGAAAAAGAAUAAAUAAAGCAUGAGUUGAUGAUUCAUUUUUAAUGAGGCCAUACAGAUAUAUUUCUAGGGUAUUUAAGGGAUUAAGACGUUUUUAAGACGUCAUUCAUCGGUAUAUGAGGCGCAUUUAACGGGACAUAUUCAAUUUUCAUGGGGUUUAAGAUAUAAUUGUGAUGCUUGUGACAGAAUUCAUUUGUAAAUAGAGGUCCUAGAAAUUUUGUUAAGGACAAGAGAACAAUUUUUUCCAGUAGUUUAUAAUUUUUAUUAUUUAAUUAUUCAGCUGUAAAGGAUAAAACGAAAUAAUACUUCACAUGGAUUUUAUUAUUAUUUUUUUUUUGUGAAUAUCUCCGGAUUGAGAGGAGAUACGAUAUACUGUGUAAAGAUACUUUUUUAGGAGAAUUUUAUAAACAACAAAAAAUUAAUGAAUGAAUUUUUUUUUAUUCUCCAUUGGAUCCUGAGAUAUUGGCAAAAGUGUGUUUAUAGAUUUGGAUUUUAAUUCGUUUUAUCGAUUUGCUGGUGAAUUGGGGGCUGAUAUCACGCGGCAAAAGGGUGGAGAUAUAACAGGAGAAUAAUGAAAAGAGAUGCCAAUUGUAAUAAUUAUUUUCUUCUACUUUCAUCAUUACGAUUUAUUUUUUAAACCGACACAUUUAACGCAUGUAUUUUAUGUAAAAGUUGGAGAAAUGUUAGAUUUUAGGAAUUAGAAAUCUUUUUGCACUGUGAUUAACCAAGCAAUGAUCUUCUCAAAUACAAAAACAACUGCUUUUAUGUAGAUAUUCAGUGAAAUGGGAACAUAGACAAUGUCAAGAUUCAUGUGAUUAAUUUGUUCAUUUGUCAAAUUAUGGAAAGUGAAGGGCCACGAGGGGAAUUCCCGGGGAAAUUAUGAAAUUAUCUCGGUAAUGUGUGAAUUCACAGGAAUUAUCAGAGGACAUCUUUCCUUCAGAAUUUUAUCAGCUGUAAAAAGUGUCUCUUGACAUUUUCCCCUAGGUCUAGUGGUUUUGGAGAUAUUCACGAGUGUUUGAAGUGGAAAACUCUGGAAUAGAGUGAGGUUUUAUGGGCUUCGUUCAGCUUUUUCGGAGAUAUCUCCAAAAUUAUGGGAUUUGGGAAAAAGUUUCGGGGAAUCUUUUUUUUUGGUAGAGAAAUUCUCUAGAGAAAAUGUCGUAUGACAUUUUCUCCUAAAUGUACUUGCAGCUGAGAUAAUCAGUAAUUGAAUAGUGAUGAUGCGUUUCACUUCUCACUCAUGAACUAAAUCCAAUCCAAUUAAUUAACUGACAAUUGAUUACGGUUAUUAAUGGUCUUUAUCAUAUGAUUAUGUGAUAAUUAGCGAAUGAAAAUAACAAAAUCUGAUGACACAGUGAAUGAUAUAGUGUGAAAUUGCCCAGCGUUAACGAAAGUCGAAUAAAUAUCCAUAAAUCCCGUGCCGGCAAUUAAUCUAGGACAAACAAUCUAUAUUUAUAUAUAAAUAAUAUUAUAUCUAGAUUGUAAUGAAAGUUGAAUUAUUGUACGGCAAUUAUGUAUUUGCGCCGAUUCGCAUAAUAAUUGUAAUGAUUUUUCUUUCAUUUUUUUUCUAAUGAAUUUAAGGAAAUUCUUCAUUCAAAUAGAAUUUUUUGUUUGGACAAUUUUAUUUUUCUUUCAUUUUAUUUUUUACCUUUUUGGGGGUGGAAAUGUUCGGGGAUUAACUGUUAAUUAAUUACAAACACUGAACUUCGAUAUUAGAUGUAUCUCAAGAGACUCACUGACUUGGGACAACUUUGCGUGAAAAAAAAUUUAUAAAAUUUGGGUUGAGAGAUUUUUUAAAAUUAAAGAGGAAGAAAACUUUUGAGUUUUAGGGGAGAGUCAAAUGGUCGUGAGGGUGAAUCGAUUUCCAUUUGAUUUUUUUAUCUGGGGUAAUUAAUAACAGUGGAAAUGCUCGAUGUUGAAAGAUCGAUGGGAAUAUCAAUUAUUUUUAAGGGUCAGUUGAUCACCCUUUGAUCACCCUGUGACCUUCAACUCUAAUCGUUCUCAAGUAUAUCGAUACAAUUAAUAAUUAUUGAUUACAUUUAUGACGCGUCAAUUGGAUAUUCGCUCUCGAGAGCUGCACCUGUUCAAAUGCACUGAUUCAGUAAUUAAAAAUUAUUAACAAAAAUAAUCAACAUUUUUGGAAUUCUCUCUUCGACGUGAUAAAGAAUGAAAUUUAGAAACGAGAGUAAAAAAUCGGUCAGUCAAGAGAAUUAAGUUCAAUGGACUGUCCAUCAGGCAUUGGCUGAUCGUGUUAAUUAACGAAUUAUUUAGUAAAUUCAUUUGUGAAAUUCCUUUCUCAGAGAACGUCAAUGAGUGACAAUAAUUAGUGGCCCUUUCUUUGACAAUAAUGAAAGAAAAAAGACGCGGAAGAGACGAAAUUCCAAAAUAUUCUGAAUAAAAAAAAUCAGUGCAGUUACGUUCAGUUAAUUAAUUAAGGAAUAUUAAUUAUUUAUUGGUAGCUUCUCCGUGGGGAUGUUAUGUCCCAAGAGUGGGUUAACAAACUGAAAGUCACGGACUCCGAGGAAAUUUUUUUAACUUCUCUGUAAACAAGUUAAUGAUAAUUGGAGACAUUUGUUGUAAUGAAUUAUCUGAGACUCAGCAAAGUUUUCUGUCAUUUUUAUUCCAAACUCACUAUUUUUGGAGAUAUUUUGCUAAAAGUUUCGCCGAAUUUUUCAUUUUAGAUGAAGAGUUCACUAUUUAUAUCAAAAUUUCAUUUUUUCAAAUGUCAAAAAAGCCCUUUUUGAGAACUAGAAAAUUCUUUACGACUAAUGUCUCACUAUUUUUCUCCCCAAAACUGAAAUUCCUCGUUUCUAGUGUUCGAUCGGUCAUUUUCAAAAUCAGUCGGAGGAAAUAAUUGAAAAUGUAAAAAAAAAAAAAUUGAAAAAUGACGAGUUUAAAAACUAUUAGUGAGAAUGAGCUAUUUGAUUGCACGCUGAAAGUACCAUAAACCUUAAUUGUACGUUUGUUGGAAUCUUAGUGCCGAAAAUAAUGAAAUCGAUUCUUAAUGAAAAUGUGGAACGCCAAGUUUAAGUGUUACUAAUUACUUAAGACAUAAUCGCAUUGUUGUGUGAGUAAAGUAUUACGUGUGGAUGCGCCGGGACUACAUUAAUGGGUUGAAUAACUAAUAAUUGUAAUUAAAUAAAUGAGUUAAGGUUGUUGUCGUGUGGAGCAACAACACGACAACUUUUUUUUCAAAUUUUUACCAUAAAUAGUUUAAAAAAAAUAGCAACAACUAAUAACUUUUGGGUGAAAUUGUCUGUUUGGCAGAUGCGACAGAACUUUUUGAAAUUUGGUAACUUUUCAUGGAUUACAAUUUUUAAAAAAUCAAAACACCAAAUUUUUUUUUAAUUAUUUCUCCAGUGAGAGAUGACACGUUAGUUCCAUUUUUUUCUGUGACUUUGUUAUUAUUUUUGAACUGUGGUUUAUGUUUUUUAAAAAUAUCGAAUGAUUUAAAAAAAAUAAUUGAGAUUUUCUUAUCGACACGUUAGAAAAAAAAAUAUAUCUCAGGACUGAGACGGUAAAUCAAAAAUAUCCUGAGGAACUUUUCAAAGAUAAUCAUCAGGACUAUCAGUAAAAAAAAUUUCAUCAAAAAAUUUUGAAAAUUGAAUCCACACGACGACAACCUUAACAUCGUGUAGUCGACCACACAGUCAGGAGGGGGAGGUCGAUAAAACAGUGAAUUACUAUAGCCAAUUCAGGUAUACAUAAUAACAUUACAAAGUAUAUGUUGUAUCACUGCGUAAUGUAAUCGAUAUAUCGAUCGACUAAUCUUGCUCCACAAAAAAUGAACACCAUGAAGUGAGGAAAUGGUUGAAAUUCACUUUUCCGCGUCUUAUCAGAGAGAAAAUGACUCCUAAAUCCUUUGUUCCAAGUGAGGUAAAUAAUCAGAGGUCAUAAUGAGUUGUGUGGGUAUGAUUUCAUCCAGUGAACUUCGUGCUUUGAAUGUUCACGUCACGGGAAUACUCACUUAUCAUUGUGCUUUGUAAAUAAAUAAAAAAGCCCACACUCUGCUGGAAAACUAACAAUCAAUCAGGACAGAUUUAUUCGAUAAUAAUUCUGGGGGAUUAGUAACUCCUGGAGAGGGUGUUCAUACCCAAUACUCACGUCCAUCCAUUCGAUCCAUCAAAAAUGUACGAGAUCUCCAUUUUUGUAAAAAUCAUGUUCAACACUUUACACCCAAAAUAUCAUUUCUAACUCAUCAGACUCCGACUAUCGCCCGACACCACAAAAAAUUGAACAAAUGAAGUAUGAAAUCAGGAUACAAUGGGUAAUGUACUUGGCUACAGUAUUAAUUAUAAUUUUCUUAAAAUAAAUUCCGUUGCAAACCUGAUAAACCAAUGAGAUCAAAAUCAGCAACUGUGGAUUCUAUUCGUACGAUCCUUGCGAUUAAUCGACGAAUAUAUUGGAAGCCGACAGAGAUAGCUGAAUUCAUGAUAAGACUUUUUUUUAGAUAAUUUUAUGGGCUACAAAAAUGGUCUUAUCAAAUUUUUCUGUAAACCCGCUCGUUAUGGAGAUAUUUGGGAAACAACGAGAAAAGAAUUUACUCAGGUCUGCACGAUACGAGAAAAAUAGUCGUUUUACAUUUAGGAAAACAAUUAAUAAUUGUUUAAAAUUGUUUUUAAAACGUUCUGAUUAAUUCCCCUGCAGGUGAUCGUUGAGCAGUCGAGGCGAGGAGUCGAAGAAUCUGUAAACGCGAUUUUUUUGGAAAAGUGUCACUAAGCAAUUAACAAAUAAUUAAUAAUGAUGAUGACGAUUAAUGAGCAAGUUUGGCACUGCUGUAUAUAAAGUGAUAAAUAUUCUGUUGGGCUCGAGGGAGGAUUUUUCCUAGAUGGGGUGAACCGUUGCUUGACAUGCGGAGUCAAGAAAUUAAUGAUUAAAUUAGGAAUAAUUGAUAAGUUGACCAAUUUUUGUUCGAUUCUGAGCUUCAUUCUGAGUUAUUUGAUCUAAGAAAAAAGACGAGAAAUGUGAGAUAUCGUUCAUUCUGGAUUUUCUUCAGUGAAUGAUGAUUUUUUUUAUCAGAAAUAGUAACGUAACUAGUAAGAUUCAUCAUAAAUGUGUUAGAGUGAAUAAAUAUAAAUAAAUUAAA